UUACGUAAAUACAUCUUCAUCCUAAACAAGUCUUGCGAAGUUUUCGUGAAAUUUUAUACAGUUUUAAAAUGAAUUAUAACAUCCUCACGCGCUUGCAACAUGGAAUCAUCAACAGUCCUAUAAUGGUUACAAUCCGGAACGCAUCUAAAAAGACCGGCGGAAGUUCGCGAAACAAUCCCAAGAACCCGCGCCCCAAACACAGGGGGUGGAAGGUGCAAGAUGGGCACCAUGUGUCCGCCGGCACGAUUUUGGCGACACAACGAACCACUCGGUUUCAUCCAGGGUUAAAUGUUGGUUUCGGCAAAAAUGGUACACUGUUUGCAAUGGAGCAUGGAAAAGUGUACGUAACGUGUGAAAAACUGGAUCCCAACUGGGACCACACGUGGGUCCAGCGGUGCUACGCGGGGCGCGAAGGCCAAACGAUUUACAAAAAAUUCUUUAACGUAGUCCCGGAACCUCAGCACCAACGGUUCAAGUUGGUAGACGAAGUAUGAAUAAAAUAAAAGCUACCUUUAUUGUUAGCAAGUAGUUACAGUACCCGUA